AUGACUCCGGCGAGGAAGCUAAGGCUGCCGCCGCCCAUCUUCUUUCCCCCUCCGCCGCCGCCUCCGCCGCCAGCCGCCGUAUCACCACUGGAGACGGUCACCGAUCGCAUCACCAAGCUCAUCAAUGAGCACCCAUUCCCUUCCCGGCCCCUCCUUCCCCUCCUCGAACGCCAUCUCGGGCCGCCCCUUCUCUCGCCGGAGCUUGUCGAGGCCGUCCUCUUCCGCCUCUUCCGUGGCCACGCCAACAGCCUCAAGUCCCUGGAGCUCCUCCGAUUCUCCCUUCGCCGCCACCUCCGGCCGAGCCAGCGCGCCUUCGACGCCGCCCUCCACGCGCUGGCCCGCGCCGGCGAAUUGGAGCGCGCGUGGGAGCUCCUGGAGGAGGCGGCGGCGGCGGCGGACCCUUCUCUGCUCAGCAGCAAGUCCAUGGGGAUCCUACUCGCCAAGUACGCCAAGUUCAGGACCUUCGAGGAGACCAUGGAGGCCUUCGAGAGGAUGGAGAAGGUCUUCGUGGGGAGGGAGUUCGGGGUGGACGAGUUCAACGUCCUGCUCAGGGCGUUCUGCGCGCGGCGGCAAGUGCUGGCGGCGCGCGCCGUCUUCCGGCGGCUCCACGCGAGGUUCCCCCCGAAUUCGCGGACGAUGAACACUCUGCUUCUGGGUUUCAAGGAGACGGGGAAUCUCAUGGCCAUGGAUAUGUUCUUCCACGAGAUGAUCCUCCGAGGUUUCGCCCCGGACGUCGUCACCUUCAACAUCCGGAUCGAUGGGUACUGCAAGAAGGGACGGAUUCGAGAGGCCAUGCGGUUUCUGCAGGAGAUGGAGGAGAAGAACUGCUCGCCCACAUUGGAGACGAUGACCACUCUGGUCCACGGCGCCGGCGUAGCCAAGGAUGCUUCCCUCGCCCGCCGCCUGUUCGAUGAAAUGCCUGCAAGAUAUCUGACCCACGACGCCGGCGCCUACAACGCGCUGAUGGCGGCGCUAGUGCGGGGGAAGGACCAGAGCUGGUCGGCCGUGGAGAUGAUGGAGGAGAUGGAGGAGAAGGGGAUCGUCCCCGACGACGUGACCUACCACACCGCUCUCUGGGGACUGACGGCCGGCGCCGCCGCCGCCGCCGCCGGCGACGAAGUUUGUGGGCUCUACCGGCGAAUGGUGGAGAAGAACUUCGUGCCGGCGACGAGAACGGUGGUGGCGCUGAUGAAGUUCUUCUGCGAGAACCGGAGGGUUGACUUUGGCUUGAGCCUGUGGAGAUACCUGGUGGGGAAGGGCUGUUGCCCUCAUGGGCAUGCGCUGGAUCUGCUGGUGACGGCGCUCUGCUGCAGGGGGAGGGUGGAGGAGGCCUGCAGCUGCUUCAAGGAGGUGGUGGAGAGGGGGAGGAGGCCGCCAGAGAGGAGCUUCAGAGUGGUGGAAGGGUUCCUCCUCGCCAGAGAUGGCGGCGCGGAGAGGGUGGAGGAGCUGAAGAGGAUGAUGGAACAGCUUGGGAGCUGCUCUUCGGGGGAGAUAAACUGA